AUGGCAAAAGAUAAUGAUACUCGCUCUGAUGAAAGAACUGUCACUUCCAAGCUUAGAAGCGGAUACAUAUGUACAUAUUGUGACAGAGAAUUCAAUAGUGGGCAUGCAUUAGGUGGGCACUAUAAUGCCCACAGCAAAAAGAGAAAAAGAAAAAAUAUGCCCACAACUGUAGGAAGACUCAUAAGAGUCCCUGUUCCUGCCACUGAUGUUGAGUCACCUGCUACACCAAGGCAUGAAUCCGGGUCCACUCAAAGUUCUUCGACACUAGAGGUGCAAUCUGGUGUCAAUUAUGAAAGUGGAGAAGAAUCCUCGUCUACACGACCACUAGGAGGCCUUGGGAAAAAUCUUAAGGUAAAUAUUGGAUCUCAUCAUUCUCAUCCUUAUGAAAGGGAUGUGAAGGAAGAGGCUCCUCAAAAUGGGAGACUCCCAAAUACAAUGACACCAAUGCAUGGCGUCAGGAUUAAUAAUGGGGUAAAUGCGGAUCUUGAGAUAACCAUAACUAGUCCUAUUUUUAAAGUUUCUAGGAAAGAAAAUGGUGAUACCAAGUUCAUCUCAUCAAAUAAAAAUGGGAAUGAAGACUUGGACUUGGAGUUGAGACUAGGGUUUGGACCAGUUUGA